AGCGGCUCGAUCCUACCGAACGGGUUUUUUAUCUUGCUGCCUGGUCCGGUGGAAGCCGUCGACUGCCCCGGAGAAACGAUCGCGUGUGUGUCGCGUGUGCUCCAAGCGAAAGUAGUACUAACUCUUUCUUUCGCUACUUUAACAUAAGGAAACUAAACAUCAAACAAAAACAAAAAAGAACAUAACAAAAGCUUACAGUCAAGUGGACAAAAAACAAAACCAAAACAAAAAUACACACGCACACACAGGCACACAUCAGAGAGAGAAAAAAACGAGCACACGCAGCCAGUGCUUGCUAGAAGAGGAACCUUUCCCGGGCGAAGCCCUAAUGCUGUUCAGCAGUUUCGGCGACAUUAUCGACGUAUCAGGGUUCUGCAGCGCAGCGAUUAUGAAAACCGCGUAAAGGCAGAACGAGCCGGCCUCGGCGGAACGGCUUACCAUCCUCACCAGCACCGGGCCCGCCAACAGCGAACAGGCGCGCGCCCGCCCCGCCCCUAGCGCCCGCGUUCGCUAGCACACCGAACCACCAGCACCACCAACGCCACGACCGGUAGCGCGACCGGUCCACGACCAUGGAUGUGAUGCAGGCAGUGACGGUGCCGGUGCUGUUGCUGCUCGCAGUCUCGCCGUUCGCGGCGACAGUCACCACAGCGUGCGCACCGGAGCGUUCGUACCGCGCCACCAUCUUUACCCCUGCACAGCCUGCCACGAUCGGGCUGGCACUAUUACCACCGCCACCAUCACCUACCGGCCAUGCGCUCGGCUCGCUCGUGACGGUCGUUACGGCGUCGAUCGGUGCGCUCGUCGCUCUGCUAUACUGUGCCCGUGGCCCAAGCGGUCUGCAGACGCGGCUGUCCUCGAUCAUCGGUGCCGUGUCGGGCCUGGCGCCGCUCGCCGCCAGUCGGUGCAGCAGUAGCGCCGCCGGCUGUGCUGGCACCCACACGGCCACUGCUGUAGUACUGCUGUCAGUGCGGCAGCUACUACCACUCAUACUAGGAAUUGCCGCCAUGUUGCCUGUGAUUGACGCCGGAUACCACGAGAAACGGUUGCUGCACCAUCUGCUGGACAACUACAACGUGCUUGAGCGGCCCGUCGUCAACGAGUCGGACCCGCUGCAGCUCAGCUUCGGGCUGACUUUGAUGCAAAUCAUUGACGUGGACGAAAAGAAUCAGCUCCUAAUCACAAACAUUUGGUUGAAAUUGGAGUGGAACGACAUGAACGUCAGAUGGAACUCGUCCGAGUAUGGUGGGGUGCGCGAUUUGCGAAUACCACCACAUCGCCUCUGGAAACCGGACGUCCUAAUGUACAACAGUGCCGACGAAGGGUUCGACGGAACGUACCCGACCAACGUGGUCGUGCGCAACAACGGGUCCUGUCUCUACGUACCGCCGGGAAUUUUCAAAUCCACCUGCAAGAUUGACAUCACCUGGUUCCCGUUCGAUGAUCAGCGCUGCGAAAUGAAGUUCGGCUCGUGGACGUACGACGGCUUUCAGCUCGAUCUGCAGCUACAGGACGAGUCCGGGGGAGACAUUAGCAGCUUCAUCACCAAUGGCGAAUGGGAGCUGCUAGGCGUGCCUGGGAAGCGGAACGAGAUAUACUACAACUGCUGCCCGGAACCGUACAUCGACAUUACCUUCGCGAUACUGAUCCGCCGCAAAACGCUCUACUACUUCUUCAACCUGAUCGUGCCGUGCGUGCUGAUCGCGUCGAUGGCGCUGCUUGGUUUCACGCUGCCGCCUGACUCCGGAGAAAAGCUUUCGCUCGGUGUCACGAUUCUGCUAUCACUCACAGUCUUCCUAAACAUGGUCGCCGAGACGAUGCCGGCUACAUCAGACGCAGUGCCUCUCCUAGGAACCUACUUCAAUUGCAUCAUGUUCAUGGUAGCCUCGUCGGUUGUGUCAACGAUCUUGAUCCUGAACUAUCACCACCGUAACUCCGACACGCACGAAAUGUCCGAAUGGAUUCGCGUAGUGUUCCUGAUCUGGUUACCGUUCAUCCUGCGAAUGAGCCGACCGGGCGAACCGUACCCGCACCCGUGCCGUCCGACAGUGGACGAAAAGAAUAAGCAGCUGCAGGAGGUGGAGAUGCGUGAACGGUCCUCCAAGUCACUGCUGGCCAACGUACUGGACAUCGACGACGACUUCCGAUGCAACCACCGGUGCAACACGCUUCCACAUAACCCCACCUACUACCGGACCGUGUACCGCCAGGGUGAGGAUGGCAGUGUCGGGCCGAUCGGGGCUACCGAUACGAUCGGGCGCUCGGCCGGCCUCGGCACGAUCAGUGCCGGCGGGGGCCGCCUGCACGAAACCGUUUCCUCGCACACCUGUCUCAGCUCGUCCGCGGAGUACGAGCUCGCACUUAUACUGAAGGAGCUUCGCUACAUUACCGAUCAGCUCCGCAAGGAGGACGAGACUGGCGAGGUCACGCGCGAAUGGAAGUUCGCCGCCAUGGUAGUCGAUCGUCUGUGCCUUAUCAUAUUCACCCUGUUCACGAUCAUCGCCACACUGGCUGUUCUGUUCUCUGCGCCGCACUUUAUCGUUUCAUAACAACCAUCAGCACGGCGGCACACCGGCACACACGGUCACGGUCAGGAUCGUACCACAACCACAACCACCACCAUCACUACCCUUUCUUCCGGCUCUACUCUCACCACCACCACCAUCACCGGCACACGCGAACAGCACGACGGGACGGCACAGGACGACGGUUGCAAUGGUUUCGCGUACGAGCUGCAAAGCUGCUUACUGCCCCCGCUCCUGCUGCUGCUCGUGCUGGCCGGCGGCGUGCUGGUCGCCUGGCUCGCCCGCAAUCGGCACACGCUCGCAUACGGUCUCGCCCAGCUGGUAGCGGUCGCUGACUACCGUCUGCGGCGGUAUGUGUACAUUUUCGUGAAGAAUUUUAAGCUAAUCAGUGACGCAUAGAACGCACAAACGGCCUGAGAAACAAGAUUGUGACCGGGCCAAACAGGUCCGGAGAUACUGAAUGGGCAGGGAGGGGAGAGGGAAAGAGCAGGAGGGUUGGGGGGAAUGGAAAGGAAGAUCAGGGCGGCCUCGCAGUCUUAUGAGGAGACGAGACUCACCGGAGCGCAACCACCACUCUGCACUAGGACGAAUGUAUGUAUAUGCGCAGAGUUCUUUUUAUAUCAAAAAACCUAUCGCUAUCAAACAGGAAAGCAACAAAAAAAGCAUAAUAACGUACACAUAUAGACACAGUAAGCAGUUAAGAAGAAAAAAAACUGAUCCUCCAGGCAGCAAUACGACGACCGGGACAGAGAAAUGCUUAAGCGACAGCACACAACGCGCACACAAUCUCACACCGACACGGAGGGAUUUUUUUCUGAUACUAAGAUCCGAGGCAACAGAGAAAUAAAGCGAAAAAGCAAGACAGAAGCAAUGAAUAGCACAGCUGUGAAUACACCAUGCCUCCCAUGGCCACAGUAAAACCGCAGGACAAAAAACUGACCGGUACGAAGAAAUAAAGAGUACCAGAGUACCUUCCAGAGUACCAGAACUACCGUCAUAAAAAUCUUCUCGUGCUACUAAUACUACUGUUCAUACACACUACUACUACUACUACUACUACUACCACUACUAUUACUACUACUACUAUUACUACUACUACGUCAACUACUUAUAAUACUAUGAAAUGAGUGAAAUGAAGGGUAACAGGCGUAAGAGCAAACCACGAGCAAACUACUAAAUGCUUCUACUAGUGUUGUGUCGUGAGCGAAAGAGCUACCUCGAUCACUCCGCGCACAGUACGUACUCUGUGCGAAAAAAUCUGGUAGCUCCAUACUGAGCGGUGUGUGGGGUGAGCGGUGUGCCAAAUCUGCCCGAUUCAGCGGCAGUGAGCAGUUCGAACGAGUAGACGAUGUGGUGUGCACAGUAGUGUGCGAUAAAUCGUACAAACGAAUCACAUGCAUCCUUCUCUCUUCGCUCUCUGCGGAGCCAGCACGCGCUCACCGCUCAGUUUGAUGAGCGCGAGCGCUUCGCUCCGUUCACUCAUAAGAGCUACUUGACCCAACACUAGCAGCUACUGAUUGCCAAACUACUAUGAUUAACAUGAUUCUACCGAAAAUGGCGCAACCCAUAUGCAGGCUGUGCUUAAUUGAUCCUAGGAGAAGACCGCAUUCACAGAGACAGAAAAAAAAAGAAAGGCGGUGAGAGAAUGUGAAAGAGAGAUACAUGAAAUGCUAGAAAAGGAACGCUAAAAACGAAUGGAAGCUAAUCGAGGUUCAGGAUAGUGUCGCUAGUGAUUCGUACGUAAUCAAAACGAAAGUCACCAAAAACACCAUAAAAUCAGCAUUUCCAGUAUAUGCCAAUAGUAGCCUCGUAGGGCCUGAGUUUUCAGUUGCACCCACUCACAGAUACUCCAACCAGACAAUUUCGGCAGCUUGCGUGGGGCUUCUUCUAGUUCUUCUACGUGUGCUAAUUGGUUCAUCCUAGUUUCAAAUGGUAGCUUUGCGCGCAGAAAAUAUAUGUUAGCUUUAGCAAACGGUUAUUUUAAAGCACGCGCACGCGAUACAACGGUAAAAUGAUGCUAGUUGAAGUACAGGGUGCAAGGAAGCACAGUAGUGAGAGGACGUAGUUUGUUUUUCCACCUUGUGUGUUAAGAAAAGUAUCUUACUUGUUUUUACCGUUCCUGUUAAACGUUCUUGUACAACUUGUUCAAGUCAACAUUACAAUCACAUCCCACUUAUCUAAACUAUUUACUAUAGUACCAUCAUCCCCUUGAUUGUUUGAUACGGGAUGCUGUUUAGCUCCGUGCAUGAGUUGCCAAUCAUGCUGGGUAUCUUGGAGAAGCUCAAACCGAAACCGCUUUUUAGUUUGUUGGUUGCGAUUCGAAUAGAUAAAGUGAAACAGAACAAAAGACCUCCAAAAUAUCCAAUAUUCCAAACAUGCAGGCUGGCUUACUGUGAUCCUGGUGAAAAUUAGUUCGUGAAGGCUGUUGAUAAAAGGAAUAAGCCAGAUUGAGACAGGAACUCACAUCUUGAACUCAACGCAACGAUAGUACUGUUCUGUUGUUGUUCUUUAUAGGAUGUGGCGCCAAUAGAUCGUGGAUCUUCAUCUAGCUACUGAAGUGCUGAAGUGCUAGAGUGCUUGAGAAACGUCAGAAGUGAAUGACAACUCACUUGGUAAACGGGUACGGGUGAGUGAUAAAAGACAAAGUAUUUGACUUGCUAAAGUAGCAGGGAAUCAAAAGUCAGGCAAAGCGAGACAAAUCAUAUUCCAAGUGGCAAACGGUGACAUGCAAAUCAUGAUUGGUUAACUGGAUUAGGCCACUAGAGCCUAGAUCAGUAGAAUUGUAGAUGAAAGCCUACGAUGGCCUCCCCGACGUAUUUGGCGUAACGCAUUUCACAAACGACCACUGCGCGUGGGAAGGUGAGGCUCACCCUGUCGAGGCACCUUACUUCCGCAACACUACUACACAAAAACAAAUGUUCGACCGUUUUACAGUGCCUAGAAACUACGCAAUGCUUUCACAGCGAUUCGAGAUAUAUCUUCUGCCAGCAACUAUCUCGUGUGCAGCUCGAUUCGUUUUGCGUUAUGGUUGCGUUAAGGCGUAAGGGUUGGUGGUUUUUCUCUCAUUUUUUUUUCUUUACAUUGGCUGGAUUUUUUAGGCGUUAGGCGUUAGAGAAAAUUAAAGUUGUAGCAAAAUAAAACAAGCUAGUCAAGUAAUGUGAGACAUUUUUGGUCUACCAUCAACGUAGCAAUGUUUAACGGUGAUGUGGUGUGUGUAUGUGUGUGUGAGUGUGAUACAGAUGUGAAGAUGACUAUCAGAAAAGAAAACACACCCAAACACACAAACACAAGCUCGUAGCUCAAUUUCGAUACUGGUAGCGUUACACGGAACGUUACGUCAAAAGCCCCGCGUUUGCACGUUUUACGUAGUUGUUACUAAACUAAUUUUGUUAAUAUGUCGCUCAAGAGCAUAAUAUAGUAGACACAAUUGGAAGCUCCUUUUCACGCCUGUUGUGUGUGUUUGUGUGUGAUAAGGGAUUGUCAAACAAAAGUGAAAAGGAAUGUUAUUGGGGAGAAAAGCUAAUAAGUAAAAGUCAGGCAAGGAAUGGCAAAAUGAUGACUUGAACAACAGCUGGCGUAUCGUAAAAAAUCAGGAUGGUGCGAGACAUACAUCAGGUGCGAUAGUAGGCGGAUUUAAAAAAAUAUGAAAGAAAGAUAAAUGCUGUGAUAUCCACUAAUGACAAAAAAAAACAAAAGCUAACAAAACAAAACAAAAUCGAAGAAGGGAUUCAUUGACAGAAGGACAUUCAGAUACAUUCACAAAAACAACAUAUGAACACGUUUCAUACUAAAAUGGCUAUUUCGUAUGAAUUACAACAAAACAAAUGCGAAUCAAACAGUUCUCAACAAUGAAAGAAUAAAAUGUUAAAACCUUAUCGAACAAAAACAAAAAUAACAAUAAAAAUAAAUCGCAGGCCCUCCUUUUCCAUUAAAUAUAAAACAAUACGUGAAUAACAGAGAUACAAUUAUGAGCCACAAUUAAAAUCGAAUACCGAUAAACAAAUAAAAUAAAAUUGAUCUUGUUCCCGUUUCAAGGCAAAUCGUUAGCAUCUACCCAUCUUCGGCAAACCAACGCAAGCAAAUGAAGGCAAGGGCGCAAACACAAUAUAACAAUUGUUUUCUAACAUUCUUAACACCUCAGAGGCAAACAACACAAACAUCAAAAUUCUGCUUCUCGCUGUCCCUGUCAAAAAAUAAAGUUUGACAAGACAACUCAAUCUUCAACAUUGAAUGUGGCUAAAAGGCUUUAAAUUGCAACCUCCUGCUGAAAUCUGUCACAAUGACAAUGCCGCACAAAGUGGCGCAAAUGGUUAAAAAAACACUAAACAAAGCGACACUCUUUGACCCCUGAUCUUGCGCACAACGUUCGAAUGAUAGAAUGGAAGGGGAACAGGCAAAUGUUACAACUAACGCCCCAAAACAAUCUAUAACCUGCAAGUAAGCAUAUUUAUACAACAUAUAAACGUUACCGCGUAUGUUAAAACAUAAUGGAACAUGAACCCAUAUUAAACACAAACUAACGAAAGAAAACAAGAAACUACCAAACAAAAAUACUAAGCCAGCAAAAUCAAACACCGGAGAAACGGAGAGUAAUGCAAUCAAAUGAACAAAGACAAAGCAAAAACUAAAGUAAACAAACAAAAGUGUUUAAAAAUGGUACUAAAAUUUGAAACCCAAUUUGUAAUACGAAUAUUUAGCGGCCAAUACUGAAACCUUCCCGUACUUAUAGCACACUAACACACCCGAACCCUUCGCCCUCUCCGGUUGCUUCCUCCGAUUAACAUCCUGAAAUACGUCACAUCUUCGUUCGCGGAACAUUUCGAAGGACAAAAUAAAAACAGCACACACAUGCAAACACACAUUGACUUAAAGAAAACUAAAAAUCCAGGCGGAAACUGUUGUUACAUUUUUAUACAUUAAACAAAUAAAAUAAACCAAAUCGAAAAUGAGUAAUACAAACUAGAAACCCUCCUCAAAGAGGUUCCGUUGUUUCAGAAUGUGUGUGUGUGUAUGUAUGUGUGUGUGCAUGUUUGUGUAAACGGUUGAGUGAGUGCAUUGAGUGAGCCCGCCGUGUAGAGAAAUCAGAGGAAGAACAAGCAAAAAAUCAUGAUUCGGCAAAGUACCAGAGCUCGGACUCUUAAUAGUAAACUCAGUAAGCAACAAAAUGAGUAAAAAUAAAAACAGUGAACAAGUGAGUAUGUGUGUGUCUGAGAGAGAAAGAGAGAGAGAGAGAGAGAGAAAGUGAAGGAGAGAGAAAGAUAGUGUGUGUGUUUGAGAGAAAGAGAACUGUUAAAUCAAAAGUUUAGUAAGUAAGUGCAUAAAGUGGUACUAUUAUUCUACAGCAAGACCGUGCAGAACCGGAAAUAAACAUUAAGCUAAUGCUCACUACCAACACAUUAAAAGAAUGACAAGAAAAGUAACAAUAUAUUUGUAAUCACCAGACCGCAUGAUGUGACGCACGAAAAGCAGAUCGGAUAGGGGAAGGGGUAAAGUAACAAUGAUAGUAAUAAACGAUAUUUAAAAGCAAACGGCAUAAGUAAUGCAACCCUGUCCCUGUCCGUAAACAAAACGAUCAGGUGAAACUUUCAAACAGGACUAAAGAAACCUGAUCGUUACCGGAGAGGAAAGCAAAAAUGGGGAGGUAAAAAUGUGAGAUUAAAAAAAAGGAUGCGAUAGUGUAGUUAAAUAACUUACCCGCGGUGCAAGCGAUAUAUUUUGCAUUAGGAACAGGCGCGAAUGACAGCAAUCGUUAUCCGUUAGUAGCACACACACACCUGUCGAGCCGACUUUCGAAUAGUAAUGUUUGGGGUAAUAAACCACUUACAUAUAUUAUACACUACGUUCUCUGCCUGACCGGUAGCUCAGAUGCGAAGGUGCGCAAUAAAGAGAAACAGCGAAGGAUAGAGAGAGAGAAUGACUCUCUAGACGUCUCAAAAUGAGGUAUAUAAAACUUAAACAAACUACGAUUGUGACGAGUAGUGAUAGAUGAGUACAAUACUAAGAAGAAUGAUGCCAGUAGGGGACGGAAGAUGACGUGCACCGGGCAAUGCGAGCGAUACAGAGUGUAAACACAAUCAUGGCGUAACUGAAAAGACUCCACUCUCUCACCUUUUGUUUUUGUUUUCAAGAUGCGUUCUGAAAUUUAACCUAACCAUCCGUACGCGUAAUACGGAGUCACUCACACAGCAGCCGUAGCUAGGGUUUAGGGAUGCUAGUCGCGAUCGUUACCAAACAGGCCGGCAACACAGGCCGGCAACAGAACACUCGGCAUCAUCCACAGUGCCACUUAACACGGAUAACACAGCACACAUCUUAACACAUACACACACCCACACACACAAACACGGAACUGUGCCGUUAUGGAGGAGUCACUCAAAAGAAGCUAAAACCUAAUAUCUCUUCCUUAAAGGCCAUCAAACCGAACCCCAUUUAACACGUCUCCCUAGUACCAGCACUGCUAAAUGCAUGCGCAAUUUUCUUAUUAUGCAUGAUACUAAAUCAUACUAAGCAGACACUACUGCUACGGGCGAGAGGGGGGUGCGCUAUCGAUUGAAUAAUAACCGGUCUUCCAGUGAAAAAGAAAGCAAAAUAAGGAAAACACUAACACACAGAAAGCGAUAUCAAACUAUUAAAGCAAAAUAAUUAAACACUCAACACACAUACACACUCACACACACACAAACAUGCAUUCAAAUAUUCAGGCUUGCUGAGAUACAGCUGGAUGAAUCUCCGAAGUGUCAAAUGAAUAAUGGGAAACGACAUAAAAAAGCCAUUGCCAACAUAAAACAUUGCCAAGGUUCCCUCAAAGGGUAAGGAUUAACAAAAAAAAAACAAUAAAAACGAAGCGCCAAAAGAGAGCGCCAAACUAAAACGGCGGAAGAGAUGUUUAAAAUCAUCAACUAUAAGACAAGUUACAUAGUUAAUUAUAUAUUAAUCCGGCUUUAAAGUGUUCGCGCGUUGCCGUACUUCCUCUCCCAAACUACUGUUUUCGGGCACUACUAUUUCCCCAGCGCUCGUGCGCCGUACUUCCUUUUGUGCCCAAUUUCCCCCCAGAAAGUAACCGCAAAGUGUAAGGUUUCGUGCAAGGAUUCGUAUCCUUCGUUCCGAUUCAAACGAAGUAUAUCUGCUAAAAACUGUUCAUGUUCGUUUUAGCACAACCCUUCUACUACGACAUCAGUAGCUUCACAUACAAACAAACCAAAAACUACACCUACACGGUUUUUUUUACCACAAUCAAACCUAUUUCGCACAUGUACACAUACCCUAAGGACUACGCCACACACACAUGUACACAACUUUUCAUACUACGGACACGGCUCUUUUAAUUGAUAAAGAAAUAUAUUUAAAGAAAAAAAAACAAAUAUACUUAUAUAAAUAAAGAAACGAUCAAAAAGUAAAGCAUAAAUGUCUAAAUCACAUAAAUUAAACACACAGUUAAACGUGUUCGAAUACUUCCGGUUAUCCGGAGUUAUAUGGUGAAGUGCGCUACUAGGUAUAAGGUGAACCGAGAGGAAGAGUAAGAGUGUAGAGAGCGAGAAAGAGAGAGAGAGAAAGAGAUAAUAAGAGUCAAAACAAAACCAAGCCAAAAGCCGAAUGGGUGUACCCCGUAUAAAGCACUCGCCACGGUUAAGCCGGUUUGGGAAAACUAUUCCAACGUAGUGCAAUUACUUCUACUACCACGUCUACUACCACCUCUGCCAAUCCACUUCCUCUCCACAACAGUUCCAUUCCUUCUACUCGAGCACUCCUCUUUCCCGCUUCGUGAGAACACACUCACACAUAUCUUGACACGCAUAGUAUUUUUUGUUAGGAAAAUUGAAACGGAAAAGAAUUACGUAACAACAAAAAAUAAUAACAAAAAAACGACACACAACACUAAGCAACCAGUUCAUGUGGGAGGUAUCGUUUUGUUGUUGAUUACUAACACAUCACAAAUCAAGACUCAGAUGAACCCUCCCGAAAGUUGGAUUAGCAUUAAGUUUCAUGAAAUUGCUCGAAGCUGCAUGAAGAAGGACCUUCAAACGUGCCAGAAUGCAAGACAACAUACGUUCAACAGUCGUAUGUUCCGGCUCGAGCAUGAUGUGUUCGAUGUUGUUACACCAAUGGACACUACAAUCGUGGGUGUGUGUGAGAGUGUGUAUGGUAACUUUUUACGAGAACAACUAGUACACCUUUAGGAAUACUCACUCCCCGUAUUCUAUCAUUCAAUUAUAGGUUACUAUGAAGCAGUUAGUAAAUUUUAUACUCAUAUAUAAGCACAUGUCCACAUGGCGCAAAUGUGUCCAGAUGAACAAAGCAUCCAAAGUGAGCGAUACCGUGUUGCAUUCCCCCACAUUUCACUCGUUAGUCAAAACAAAUAGUCAAUUCAUUUCUGCAAACCGAUAUCGAAUAAGAAGCUGCCGUCGCACAGAUCGUAAACGGAUGCACUCGGUGUUCGCCGCGCGGCAUGCUGUUACGAUUCUGAGUUACUAACUAAGCCGACAUUAUUCAACUGUAGACGUAAGAGAUUUACUAACACAAUACAGCUGCACACACACAUACACACAUAUAUACACAAUUCAACAAUUACACUAGACACUUCAUACAGUCAAAUGUUCAACUUUUUACGCCAUUUUCCACUGCGGAAAACUAAUAGUGCAUCUGCUAUAUAGUGCCAACUGGUUUGCGGCUGUUAAGCAAUGUCGGAGCGAUGUGGAUUGUACACUUUGUAAGGCUCAAUGACUAACGCCGUGAUUACGAUUCCCUUAUGCAAGCUAACUAGCAUUAUUUGUGCCACAUCACUGAAUUGCAUUCCAGGGGUUUAACGCCAAAGCUAUAAAGUUGUUCAUGUUUAUUACUCUCUAUUAGCUUGCUUCAAUAGAUGUGUGAAAGAUUCAAUGAAGCUUUUGUCAUUAUAAUACAUUAAUUUUUUAUUUACAUUUUUUUAUGUUUAAAUUAGCAAACACGUGUUCCAAUAACAGUUGCUAUGUUUCUCAAUAUUUUGAUGCAGAAUCAGCACAUGAAGCUGUGUUUUUUUGUAUUGGUUAUUAGAAAAUUAUCGUUUCCAACUUCUUUAACAAAAGACAUUAUUUUUAUCAUGCAGCCAGUCACAAAAAAGGGGUAGAUGUGACACGUACCACACGUGCUCUUCGUUUUCAGUUGUCAAGGCACUAACUCUCAUAUGGUUCUAAUGCAUUAUAACUCAAGCAGACACAUGGACAGGAGCAUCCAAUUAAACGAGUCUCAAACACUACUAAACUCUAACCUUAAACCAGUUGCUAAAUCUGUUUUCAAUUAUAUAGUUAAACUUCUGAAAAGUUUGUAAAGUGUUCGAUUGCAAGAAUCCCGAAACCAGUAGGCAAAAGCAAAAGUUAUUAGCACAGCAGGCACUUACAAAACGGGGAAACUGGCUCACCUCCAAGCGGUAACGUUCACAGCGACAGAGACACACACAUAAACACCGAAUGUUGGAAUAAUUGAAUACUAAAUAAUUACCCCCUAAGAACCGUACACGGUGGGAUGAAUUUUAAAAACUAAUUCGCAAAAGCUGUGCAAGCAUCCCUAAGGAGCCACACAGUGUUGCAAGCCACGUGGGGAAAGGCGAAAGGCGACAAACAGAAAACACUAGUUCACAGAAACACAAACAUACAAACAACACUUUGUACUGGAUGCCUGGCGCUUUACAAAAAUAAAAACACAAAACAACAGCAACAAACCGAAACAGCUAUAAUCACGGUGUGCACUGUGUGGUAAUGAGGAGACAGGCUACACCAAGAAAAUUACGCAAAGACACACAUUCGAAACCCGACGAGGCAAAUGAAAUAAAAAUAAAACAAUAUACUAUUAUCUGAAUGCAAUUAAAGCGACAGCAAGAACGAUAAAUAAACAUUUUAUAAAAGAGACAACAUAGAAGAGAGUGAGAGAGACAGAGAAAAUGAGAGUGAGAGAAACAGAGAGAGAAAGAGAGAGAGAGAAAGAGAAAGAAAGAGAGAACAAAAGAGAAAAAGAAACUGACAGAGAGAGGAAGAGAAAGACAGACUUAAUUCUCGAAAGAGAUAGAGUGAGCACGAGAGGAGAAGAAUUUGGGUCGAAUGGUGGAAAAGGAAUCAAAACACAGUAGCUAAUUAAACUAAACGAAUACCUUCGGUGCAGUUUCCACGAGGAUGAGAAAGGGACAGUCUCGCUGGGCCUUUCCCCUCUAUUUCUCUCUAUUUCUCUCUAUCUCUCCCUUUUCUCUCUCUAUAUAUAUAUAACUUCCGCUAUCACACUAACACUCGCGAGGAAGGAUGUGAUGGGAUGGGACGAAGGUGUCAGAAGGUAUUAGAGGCCUGGAUAUGAGCGGGAAAUGUCCUGUUGGUAAGUGGUGGCGGGCAAAUUUUCAUAGAAUUGCAUUUAGUGAGAGAGCAUGAAUCAAUCAUUGCAUUUUUUGAAAACGUUCAAUAAUGGUUGUAAUGCGAGAUUUGUUAGCAAAAUUACACACAAGCACACACGUACGACACACAUACAACUUAAAACUGCACGGCGAGAAUAUAAAAGCGGGAAACUGUAAGCGGAAGAUAAAGUAAAAAAAA